CUUGCGGUUCAUUCGUUUUUUUUAUUUUCGCGCAGCAAAUAGCAGCCGUGCAACGUCCCUUGAUCAGGCACCGCUGUCAUUAAAAGAAAGGAAACCUCCAGUUGUUAUUCAAAGCUUGUCGAUCAGAUGCUCUGAAAAGGACCAGGCUUGAUGAAUUGAAAGGAAGCGACUGCAAACUGGGGACCUAUGAAUCCAAACAAGCGCCGAGACAGGGAGACAGGACGAGCAUCCGGAGGCCAAGACAACUCCAAGAAGCUGGCAGUAAAAGAACUCAUAGAGCGUUACUACUACCAGUUGACGGAGGGCUGUGGUCGUGAGGGCUGCUCCAACGAUAACUGUGCUUCCAGCGGCCGCUUGCAUCGCCUGUCGCCAAAUGAGGCUGCCGCCCGAGCCCUCCAUCUGAUGAUGGCUAAGGCGGCACUCUGCGACAGAGCUGCCUCCAACCACACUGUAGAGCUUGCGACCGAAGCAUCUUCAUGUAGGUUAAGUGAUCAGUGUAGCAAUGUCACAUCAGCAUGCGGCGAAGGUGCGACAUCAGCGGAACCUGCUGGAGCGUCACAGGAAAUGGAGUUGGACUCUGAGUGCACUGCAAACCGAUCUCCCAUUGUCUCCGAAACAAUAACACAAAGUGAAAAAAGUGCAAAUGGUGCAAGCAUCACCACAACAGUUCUUGCAGCCUCAAGCUUAAGAGAUGACCUACGCCCUCAGGACAUGGAAAUUGACCUGUACUGCACCUUCAAUGAUAGCAGCCCACUAACAGUCCUGCCGAAAAAGCUGACGAGUGUGAACACCCUUUCCCCACAGGAAAAGCCUGCCACCUCUGGAACAACAGCACCAGCAGAGAUGGCUCCAAAGGCUCCACGGACAUAUCGCAUGCUGACUGAGGAACUCCUCCUUGGCCUGGUGUCUGAAUGUCGCUCCUGCGGCAACUACACACCCCUCAUCCAUGCGUUAGGCCAGGUGUUCUCACGAGAGAAGUUCCUCAAACGCAGCUUUCCACGGAGGCUGUCGCCUUCUUCAGAGGACGGAGGCCUGACCAAGGAAGACCUGCGAACUAUGGAGGGUGACAUGGACAAGGACCAGGACUCGCUUGAACUGGAAGGUGGAAUAGUAGCCCACGAUAGUGAUGACAUGCUUGUGGAGGCCGGUCUGUCGGAAGCGGUGCCUGACGGUGUAUCUAGGAAUGUUGCAGCUAUGUUAAAGGAACUCAAUGGAUUGGUGAACCAGGAUAUUCCAGUGGAUGUAGAGUCUGUCAGGAGGUCCUAUGAUGUCUUGUUUUCUAUACCAGACCUCCCUUUUCUCGACGCAUUAGUGAAUGCCAUUAUGAUCCUCUGUGAAAACCUGGAAAUUGGCCUCAAGUACCACAAGGCAUACCAGAGGGACCCCAGUUUGCUGUCAGUGUUUGUGGUGUUGCUGGAGCUUCCGCUGCUCGAGGGACCUCUGUGCGGCAGUGCACUGCACGCCCUGUGUCGGGCCUGUGCCCUGCUGCCGCCAGAAGCCCAGGCGCGGCUGGCCAAGCAAUGGGGAGCCCAGUGCCCACCCCACAGGCUGCGCAACACCCUCAACGCACUGCAUCAGGUGCUGACGGCACGCGUCAUUGAGGGACACUUUGGCCGAGACUUUGGUGUGGCCGACGAUGAGCUGCUGGUGGCCUCCAUCAAGACUAUGAAAAUUCUCUUCAUGUCCAACGUGCUUGGAGGUGAGCUAGAGCAGUGUAGAGAUGAUGACGACGAAGUACUCGCCACUGAAGAUGGUCGACACAAGGACCCAUCUCAGAUGCUCAAGGACGACCCACUGUGUGACCUGCUGGGUGUCAAGGUGGCUGACUGCCGCAAGCCACUCAUACCAUGGGAAGAGUUUUACAACGAACCCCUGAGUGAGCAGCUGGAAACAGACCGAGGGUUUGUGCACUCUCGGGGGGCCAACACCAAGGAGGGUCACUUCUCCUUCCUGGGCCACGCUUUUGUUCUGACUCCCGCUGUGAAGGCACUGGGCCUGUAUUAUGACAACCGCAUCCGCAUGUAUAGCGAACGACACCUGUCGGUUAUUCAAAUGUUGGUGGGUGGUGCACCAGCUAACCCUUACCUUCGCCUCAACGUGCGCCGCGAUCACCUCAUCGACGAUGCACUUCACAGGCUAGAGUUGGUCGCCAUGGAGAGCCCGUCAAGCCUGAAGAAGCAGCUGGUAGUAGAGUUUGAAGGGGAGCAGGGAAUUGACGAAGGCGGUGUGUCUAAGGAGUUUUUUCAGCUUGUUGUUGAGGAGAUCUUCAACCCUGACAUAGCGAUGUUCACUCUGAACGGUGAGACCCUAACGUACUGGUUCAACCCGACGUCUUUCGAGAGUGACGCUCAAUUCAAAUUGAUUGGGAUCAUUUUGGGCCUGGCCAUCUACAACAACGUCAUCUUGGACGUGCACUUCCCCAUGGUCGUCUACCGGAAACUGCUGGGGCGCAGGGGCACCUUCCAUGAUCUUCAGGACUGGAAUCCUAGCUUAGCAAAUGGCUUGCAGCAGCUGCUGGACUACAAAGGGGAUGACAUGGAAGAAGUUUUUGUACAAAGCUUUAGAAUAACCUACAAGGAUGUGUUUGGCACCGUGCUCUCCCACGACCUGAAGGAAAAUGGCGACACCAUUCUAGUCAACCAGGACAACAAAUGGGAAUUUGUUGACCUGUACACAGACUUUUUGCUCAACAAGAGCAUAGAGAAGCAGUUCCGUGCAUUCCGUCGUGGUUUCUUGCUCGUGACUGAUGACUCACCCUUGGAGAUGCUUUUCCGGCCAGAGGAAGUGGAACUGCUUGUCUGCGGCAGCAAGAAUUUUGACUUUAAUGCGCUCGAAGAGUCAACCGAGUAUGACGGUUACACAGCCAACAGUCCUAUUAUAAGGCAUUUUUGGGAGCUGGUGCACGAGUUCAGCCAGGAACAAAAGCGAAAACUGCUUCAGUUUGCGACGGGCAGUGACCGGGUGCCCGUGGGAGGCCUCUCGAAGCUCAAGCUGGUAAUUGCGCGCCAUGGUACAGACUCGGAAAGGUUGCCAACAGCGCACACCUGCUUCAACGUGCUUCUCUUGCCUGAAUACUCUUCCAAGGAGAAGCUGGCUGACCGCCUGCUCAAAGCCAUUAACUACUCGAAGGGAUUUGGCAUGUUUUAAUGGCCGUCUCCAAGCCUGACUGUGUACUUCAUCUUGUACCAUUGAUGAAUUUUCUCUCCCUUCCUGCAUCCACAAGUGUGCUCGGCUGGAGCCUUUUUUUUUUUCCGUGCAUGUGGGACAUCGCUUUUCACGCCUUCUGUCCAACUGCAAUGUAGGCACAGAGGAACAGGAUGCCUGCCUAUUACGUGACGGUUAGACAUAAAGGCUACUUACACUCAGCUGUGCAAAAGACAGUCACGCUUACCUGCGCUUGCCUCACUUCUGUGGCCAUAGCCUUUCUAUAGUGAGGCACCAUGGGAUGAACAAUGUUGCUUUGUUCUACGAGAACCAGAUAGGAUGAAGAUGCCCCCCCCCCCCCCCCCCUCCAAGAAGGGUGCUUGCUUUUAUUAGCUUUUAGUUGUUCAGAUGAUGUGUUGAAAUGGCUGCUGAGGGGAGUGAAGCAUUGGAAGUGUCAAAGACUUUUGAAUUUGCAUUCAGGUGGAUGUAAUGAUGCCUUAAGAAAUAAUAGGUAGCUCUGGGCUUAGAAGGAAAACCUUUUUACCACAGCCCAUAAAUUCGGUGUGGUUUGCUGCUUUUGUAUGACCACACAGUUUCCACGUUUCUAAGAGGGCAAUAUGAAUGGCUUGCAUGUUCUUUUUUUUUUUUUUCAAAGCAAGUUUCUUUACGUAUCUUCGUAUAUAGGCUGCGAAUACGUAAAUUUCGUGACCUUGGAAGCUGGAAAUAUGUGCAUGUAGUGGCCAGUUUUGUCGCCAUAUGCACUUUCUAGAGCCACAUUGCUGGGUAACCAGAGGAGACAGAAGUUGAUAUCUGGUUGAGUUACGACACUGCAUUGCAACGUCUGAACAUGAGCAUAACUUCUUUUGUCUAGCAUAACAGUUGGCUGCUUCCAUUUCGUCUUGGAAUCUUUUGUGCGUUGUCCUGAAAGGUUAUUGUUGUCUAUGGAGCCACUCAGAAGAGCCAUGGUGUGUAUUAGAAGGUUCAUGGAUAGGAACAAAAGAGUCAUGUGUGCUGUAAUUUUGUCACUUGUAAAUUUGUUUUUUUGUACAUAUACAAUGCAGAAAGCCGUAGGAUCGCAGAGUGCGAUACCCUCCUUUCGGGAAGUAGCUAACAAUGUUAACCUCUUUGAAGGCCUUUCCCUAGGAUGUGACAUCGAGUAGCGAGAUGCGGUUAGUUUUUAUUUUCACCUUGUGUGCAGUAAUAAGAAUGUUUUCUACAUACUGUGUACACAUAUAUACAUAAUGCUUGAAGAAUUUCAUGAUUCUGAAUUUGAUUACAUUGUCCCCUGAUGUCCUUUAGGAGGGAGCUUUGAGGAAGCAAAUUUUUCGACAGAAUGGGUUGAGGGUGAUUUCCGUUUACCAUCACUGUUUUGUUUUUUUAGUUCAAGAACAGAGUACCCUAGUGGCAGGGAGAUAAUUGGUUAUUGCAAGCGAGGCACAUUGUCGACAGGUUGCCAAUAAACUUGACCAUCUGUCGGACAUUGCGCUUGUGUUGACACCAUGUUAAGUGAAAUAAAGUCAGUUUCUUUUGUU